AUGUCAUCAAAUUACAACUACGAUUUUAACCUUUCACAUCUGGUGAACCUUGAGAACGUACCUGAAAUGUCCACAGAGGACAUCAUGUCCGCAGAGGACAGAAAUUCACAACUUGACUUUUGGAUAAAUGCCGAAUUCCAGUACUACUCCCCAACCAUCGAUACAAAACUUGAAGAUCAAGAUAGUUCAGUCAAUCAACCGAUGAUAAUGCAAGAUCUCUCACUUAAUGAUCAAACGCAACAAUCUUUAUACCCGCUUUUCGCUUUUUCGAAUACGAACCCACUCUUGCAGUCCAAUAAUUUCGCCUCUUUAUUCCCGACUGCUCCUAUAGUUCCAGUUUCUAUUCCAACCGUUGUAAAUAAUCCAAUCAUUUUACCAAAGGAUGCUUCGUCAGAAAAUACCUCGAGCGCAACUAUAUCAGAGAUCAUACCUGAAACAGCUAAAGUCAUUACUAAAACUGCUGCCGUUGCUGAUGUUUCAACUGAUGCUACCCCCACCAUCACCACAAAAUCAAAUCCUUCUACAAAUGUUACCGCUUUGUCGGAUUUGAAUCCAAAUCGUAAAAAUUCAUCGAUGAAACCAUCGAAUUUAGAAAUCGCUCAAGAUGAACCCGCUAAAACAGAAGAUAAUGAAGGAAAGGUUGAUCCUGAACUUUCCGCAAAGUUGGCUGCCGAGGAAGACAAAAGGAGGAGGAAUACUGCAGCAUCUGCUAGAUUCCGUGUAAAGAAAAAGAUGCGGGAACAAGCUCUUGAAAGAACCGCAAGGGAAAUGACGGCUAAAGCCGAAACGCUUGAAAGCCGUGUAAGAGAACUUGAGAUGGAAAUCAAAUGGUUGAGAAGUUUAAUUGUAGAAAAAGAUGCCAGGCUUUUAGAUGUUGAUCGACCAGGGAAAAAGCGAAAGAAGGAUGAAAGCGAUGAUGAGGAGGAGGAGGUUAAAAAGGAUGAAGUAUCAGAGGCGAAACGGGAGAAACGGGAGCAGAGUGAUCAAACCAACCAAAAGGAGUAA